CAAAACCAACCAGAUGCGAAGAAAAAUCCACGACCUGCAGACAAUUACAUACAACAGGCAAUAGCGCUGCUAACUCUAUGUAUCCACCCAUCACUGAACCGGCAUAUACGAUAUGACUUCUCAAAUAUCGAACUGGGAUCCUAUCCUUCUCAUCUCACAGAUUGUUUCAAUGCAAACUCUUCAUUAUAUAACAUUAUCGAUCUUCAUUCCGCCACUACUUACAGUAUUUGCUGAGCCGACAUCUCUUGCAUAUGAAGGAGGUGCCAGUAACAUUGGAAUGAUUAUGGACUGGAGAGAAAUGGCAGGAAGACCCACAGUUCGGGGUAUAUAUGACAGUGAAAAGUGGGGCUCGUAUUCCUGGGCUUGGAGUGGAGGCAGAAUAUUAGGCUUUACAUGGAGAGAAGAUCAGCUAAGAGGCGGUAUGGAUCCCAUCCGUGGAUGGAUCAUUGCCUUUUGUUGGAUGCUAGCCUGUUCCGCAGACAUUUAUUACCUUUACAUCCUCGUCCGCCGACCGCGCCUUAUCCUCGAUUUCGCUAUUACUCUUGCCUUCAAUCACCUCGUGUUAACAACGUACUAUUCAUCAUCCGUCCCGACGUCAAUAUUCUUCUGGGCAGUCGUUCUUGCCGGGACAGCUAUGACGAUCGUUAUCGCCGAACAGUUAUGUGUCAAGCGAGAGAUGAACGAGGGCUUGAAUGUUGCUCCUGCUCGCGCACAAGAAGAAGACUUGGAUGAAAUGGAACUGGGGCAACUCUUACCGAGAAGAGAUUAGAUUAUUCACGUAAGCACGCGUUGUUCUUCAUUCGCCAUGGUGUUUCUUUGGAUCAUCAGUGGCCAUCCAAAUUAUUCAUUGUAUCAUAUGCGAGGCUUGAGCAAUACAUCUACGGCUUAUAUGAAUACAUCGGACUAGUCCACCCUCCAAUCAAAUCUGUCUACAUCUACAUCUUCGAAGGUCGUCUCGAAUGUGUC